AUGACGGAUGAGCGUUGGGAGCGGUUCGUAAGUGGAUUGAAGAGUCGGUUAAUAACCAAUCCGACGAAGCGGCCUUCGACCGUUCGCGUGGAUCAGAUUGAUCGUAGGGCGACGGACCCAAGUGCCAGCGUUGACGGUUAUCCGGUAAUUGUUCACUUCGGAAUGCGCCCAGCGGUGCUCACGUAUACUGGAAAUCCAGAGUACCAAAAGGCGUGGAAGCAGUACGUAAAAUUCAGACAUCUGCUGAUGAUGAAACCAAAGCUAUCAACUGACGACAAGGCGAAACUGGCACUAAAAGAGCUUCAUCUUCAACGGCUCAGAGCUAAAGCGAGUCUAAAGCGAGAUGUUACGAUCGAAUUCUCCUCAAAGUCUUUCUAUAUGACCGGUAUUUCUUCUGACAUGGUUCAACACGGAUUAAUGCUGUUGGCUCUGUUCUGUCAUAUCAGAUUUCAUUGGUCCCUGAGAACUUUCGAGCAACGGAUCGGCUAUUCCUUCAAAUCCAAGCGGCUAUUAGAGCUUGCAUUUACACAUCCUUCGUACCGGUCAAAUUACGGUACAAAUCCGGAUCAUGCCAGAAACGCUCUCAGUAGUUGCGGAUUUCGUCAGCCCACCUACGGCAACAAGCGCGUUCAGCAGUGGUAUACAAAAAAGCGCGGCAUUAACACUCUGAUUGACAUCAUGUCUCGAUUGGGAUCCAAGAAAGUGAAGCAAUCUCAAGUGUCGAAUAACGAGCGGCUUGAGUUUUUGGGCGACGCCGUAGUCGAAUUUCUUUCCACAGUGCAUCUGUUCUUCAUGUUUCCGAAUCUUGAGGAAGGCGGACUUGCCACAUAUCGUUCAUCCUUGGUGCAGAACAAACAUCUUUCCGUGCUGGCAAAAAAGUUAUGUUUGGAUCAGUUUAUGCUCUAUGCCCAUGGUCCAGACUUGUGUCAUGAGUCGGACAUGAAACACGCAAUGGCGAACGCUUUUGAGGCCGUGAUGGGGGCGCUGUUCCUAGAUGGGGGCAUCGACGUAGUCGACCGGAUUUAUGGCGAGACGUUGUUUAGUGUUAAAGACGAGCCGGAAAUGCACUAUGUCUGGUUCCAUUUGCCUAAGCAUCAGCUUCAGGAACAAGAGCCAGGUGGCGAUCGUCACUGGAUCGACAAGGUGGACGUGCUGAAACUGCUGACCGAGUUUGAGAAGCAAACCGGAAUUUAUUUCACUCACAUCCGGCUAUUGGCCAGAGCACUGACGAGGAAAAGUGUUGGCUACAAUUUUCUAACUCUUGGCCAUAAUCAACGUCUCGAAUUUCUUGGAGAUACUGUUCUGCAGCUGGUUACAUCAGAGUACCUUUACAAGCAUUUCCCUGAUCAUCACGAAGGUCAUCUUUCGUUACUGCGGAGUUGUCUGGUCAAUAAUAAAACGCAGUCAGUAAUCUGUGACGAUUUGGGCCUAGCGAAAUACAUUAUUCAUCCUCCGAUAUUUCUCAAAACAGGAACGCAAGAUCUACGUAUGAAAGACAAAGCUGACUUGGUCGAAGCAUUUUUGGGUUCACUUUACGUUGAUAAAGGACUUGAAUGGUGUAAAGUGUUUUGCAAAGUUUGUUUUUAUCCUCGCCUAAAGUACUUUAUCAUAUCGCAAAAGUGGAAUGACCCAAAAUCUCAGCUCCAGCAGUGUUGCCUUACUCUACGAAACCCUGAUGGCGGAGAACCUGAUAUUCCUCAGUAUAAAGUGGUCAGAGUGGAAGGUCCGACAAAUACGCGAAUGUACCGUGUUGCAGUGUACUUCAGGGGAAAACGUUUGGCGAAAGGUAUCAGUAACCAUCCAUUUUAUUCGUAA